UAACAAAGAGAGCGAAACUAUUUCAGAGAACAACAAAAAAAAGGGAAUUACUUGGCAAAAUUGAAUUCUAUAAAUUUCGUGCAUUUGCUCGAUAUUGGUCAGUAAACCUCGCACUCUCUAUUUGUCAACUUUGAACGCAUCUUUAAUAACCUUCCAUAAUUUAUAAAUUUUGUGCUAUAAAGUAUAGUUCUGUGAUGAUUUCAAAAAAUAUUUUAAUUGCAUUGAGUGCCGUUAUUUGUUUGGCCAAUGCACGUACUUUUCAUCCAGAUUCCUUUUCUUUCGACGAUGACCUACUAAGUGGUAGAAGUUACAAAACGGAAGUUAAUGACGGACCUCCGCCUCAUGAAAAAUACGCAGAAAUGGCUCGUUAUAUUGUUCAUCGUUCAGAUUGGACCUCAAUGGGAACAAAUUCCUUACAAUUUCCCGGAUUUCCUAUGGUGAACAUUAUUUCGAUAGCAGACAGUCCCAAAAAUGCCAAAUCAACGGGAAAUAUCUACUUUUACUUGACGGAUUUGGAUUAUACGGGAAAAGAUUUGUCAGAAGAUAAUAAAUUGACGAUUAUGUUGUCGCAGGAUCAAGAUAUGUCCUGCAGAAAGGCGAACACAGAUUCGAUGGAGCCGACUUGUGCGAGAAUUAUGAUGACUGGAAGUAUUAAAAAGAUCGUUGAAGGUGAAGAAGAGUUUAAUUUUGCUCGUGAAGCAAUGUUCAGUCGGCAUCCAGCAGCCAAAAAAUGGAUUGCCACCCAUAAAUUCUACUUAUGUAAAUUGAUGAUUGAUAACAUUGUCGUACUCGAUUAUUACGGAGGUCCAAACUACGUUAAAGUUGAAGAUUACUACAAUGCCAAUUACGAUUGGAGUUCUACUAACAACAAUGAUACUGACACAAAAAAAUCCAUCAAAAAGGACUUUGUCAAAGCCGAUAGCGAUGAAUUCGUUGACGAUAACACGGUUUACGUAAAAAUUCACAAAGAGAUUGAAAUUCUCAAGAAAUACAAUAAGUAAAAAAAAGUUGCAAUAAAUCUUAUUUUUUAA